GCUCGACAGAUAGCAGCUGAUCUUGGACCAGAGAAGAAGACUCACAGGCGACAUCACCUGCUACUUGACAACCAUGAUAACACUCGGGCUGCCGUUUUCGCUGUUUUGGCUUUUCUGGGGCCACUCUUGCACUCACGGUGGAAAAGUCAACAAGCACAAACCAUGGAUAGAAACGUCUUAUCACGGUGUGAUUAUAGAGAACAUGGACACGGUUCUGUUGGACCCUCCUCUGGUUGCUCUCGACAAGGACGCUCCCGUCCCCUUUGCUGGAGAGAUAUGUGCCUUUAAGGUCUGUGGUGAAGAGGCUCCAUUCAAUGCAGUGGUCUUGAAUCGCACAUCUGGAGAAGGAGUCCUGAGGGCCAGCAGCCUUGUGGACUGUGAGAGCCAGAAAGAAUACACCUUCAUUAUCCAGGCUUAUGACUGUGGGGCUGGACCCAAUGGGGACGACUGGAAGAAAUCCCACAAGGCAGUGGUACAUGUCCAGGUGGAUGAUGUCAAUGAGUUCUGUCCAGUAUUUCGGGAGCCACAUUACAAGGCAUCAGUAACAGAAGGGAAAAUCUAUGACAAUAUUUUGCAGGUGGAAGCUUGGGAUCAGGACUGUUCCCCACAGUACAGCCAGAUCUGCAACUAUGAAAUUGUCACUUCAGGAACACCAUUUGCCAUAGACCGCAAUGGUAACAUCCGAAACACAGAGCGUCUGAGUUACGACAAGCGGCAGAGCUACAACAUAAUGGUGACAGCCUUUGACUGUGGGCAGAAGAGGGCAACAGAGGACGCUGCUGUGCAUAUUGAUGUCAAACCGGUCUGCAAACCUGAAUGGGAAGGUUGGAACAAGCGUGUCGACUAUGAGCCAGGAACUGGAAGCAAACAGCUGUUUCCCAAGAUGCAUUUGGAAACAUGUGGAGAGCCCUUGUCUGGGGUAAAAGCUAUGGUUGAGCUACAAACAAGUCAUAUUGGAAAGGGCUGCGACCGUGAAACUUACUCUGAAAAGUCAUUGCAAAAACUCUGUGGUGCAGCAUCAGGCAGCACCGACCUCCUUCCCUCCCCGAGCCCUUCCACCAACUGGACAGCAUCUUUGACAACUGACAGUGGCCGAGACACUGACCUCAUCUACAGGUUUGAUGGGCAUCAGGCUGCCAAUGUUCCAGAUCACGUGGUGCCACAAAACCUAACAGACCAGUUCACCAUUGCAACAUGGAUGAAACACGGGCCCAGUUCAGGACUCAGAGCCGAGAAGGAAACCUUACUGUGUAGCUCUGACAAAACUGAAAUGAACCGCCACCAUUACUCACUGUAUGUGCACAACUGUCGCCUUGUGUUCCUACUGAGAAGAGAUUUCACUCGGGUUGACACUUUCAGACCCGCUGAGUUCCACUGGAAACUGGAGCAGAUCUGUGACAAAGAAUGGCACUAUUAUGUGAUCAACGUGGAAUUCCCAGCAGUGACAUUAUUUGUGGACGGUGUCACCUACGAACCCUACCUGGUAACAGACGAUUGGCCAGUUCACUCUUCCAAGAUUGAUACCCAGCUGACCAUCGGAGCCUGUUGGCAAGGGGGAGAGGUAGCAAUUCCACGGUUCACCCAAUAUUUCCACGGCAGCUUGUCGGGUCUGACAAUCCGACCAGGCUGCAUUGAAACCCAGAAGGUUAUCUCCUGUUUGCAGGCCUGCAAGGAAGGACUUGAUAUUAAUUCUCUUGAAAGCCUGGCUAAGGACAUAAAGUUUCAUUUUAACCCGGCUCAGUCUGUGCUGGUGGUGGAGGGAGAGAAUCUAGACAGCAUCAUUACAGCCAUGACCAAGGUCUCCUACAUCAACUCUCGCCAGUUUCCCACCCCAGGCCUUCGACGGUUACACAUCACCACCAUAGUACAGUGUUUUGGGGAGGAAACGUGUCUCUCUAUCCCCGAUGUUAUGGCCAUUGUUAUGGUUCUGCCGCCCAGUGAGCCACAAAUCACCAUUACAGGAUCUAAUCGACUCAUCAGGCCAGCUGGCGACCUGUGGAGCCCGCUGGGCGUGGCUCCCUUCAAAGAACUGCACAUCACGAGCACAGUCAUUAAAGGAGACGGUGGAUCUCACAGGCCAGGUGUGAUGGAGCUGAUGCAUAACCUGGACUACUGCGACGUUCUGGUAAUCGGCGAUGAGCUGAAUCCUGAGACAGAGAGUUUGGCGCUGCAUCACAACGCUUUGCUGGGAAAACACCUGGACGCCACCAACUCCACCUCUGGAAUAUCCAUAUAUGGUGUGGACUCCAUGGCCCAUUACGAGCAGGCACUGAGACAGCUUCGCUACAGGAACUGGCGACCUGCCACCCUCAGAGACAGGAAGUUCAGACUCACGUGCUCUGAACUCAACGGACGUUACAUCAGCAACGAGUUCCACUUGGAGGUUACUGUUCUUCACCACUCCCCACCUGUGGAACAUGUGAAUCAUAUGACUGCCCAAUCACAGUACAUGAGACCCGUUCAUCACCCGCUCAUGAUACACACUCUCAAUUCACACAUGUCAGCAGCACCUCCAGCAGCCACAGCAAUGAUUGUGGUUUGCAUCGCCGCCCUGGUGGUGGUUGUGGUUAUUGGCGUCUACAAGAUCCAUGCCACCUAUCAGGAGGGGUCUACAGAAGAAGAGAAUGGUGUCAAAGACCCUGAGGUGGACUGGGACAACUCUGCACUCACAAUCAUUGUCAACCCCAUGGAGAACAUAACAGCACCUCAAGCACUGAAUGAGGAGAUCAAAGAAGAAGAACGUGAGGAGGAGGAAGAGGAGCAGAUGGGAGAAAUUUCAAGUACCGUGUCAAACAACAGUGAUGAAGAGGAAGGCGGUGAGGGAAAGGAGAGGAAGCAAGAGAGAAGACUUGAGUGGGACAGUUCCUCCAUAACAUAUUAACCACAAACACAUUC